AUGGGGCUGUUCAAAUUGCCGCUGUUUCUGAGCAUUUCCACGGCACUUUUAUGUGCCGGUGUUGUGAGGACAGCAGUGUGCUUCUCAGCAGAGGAUUGCAGUGGGAUUUCACAAAAAAAAUGGUCCGAGGAGCCGCCACACUCAUGCCUUGAAAUCAAAGAGAAGACAAAAUCAGAGAGAGGUGAGACGAAGAGCGGGCAGUCCUACCAGGCGUUCUGCGACAUGAACACCAACGGAGGAGGCUGGACCCUGGUCGCCAGCGUUCACGAGAACAACAUCGCGGCCAAGUGCGCCACGGGAGACCGCUGGACCAGUCAGCAGGGCAGCAAUUCUGAAGUUCCAUUCGUAGACGGGGAUAAAAACUGGGCAAACCUCAACACGUUUGGUGUGCCCGAGUCGGCGACUGAUGACGACUACAAGAAUCCAGGAUAUUACGAUCUGGAGGCAAAUGACAUAGCAGUGUGGCAUGUUCCCAAUGGGACUCCUCUCCCUUUGUGGAAGGCGUCGUCGCUCUUCCGCUACCACACGGAGUCGAAGUUUCUGGGUGCCUUUGGAGGGAACCUUUACUCCUUUUUCAAGAAUUUCUUCCCAUUAACCUACAAUUCCGGAAGCUGUCCCACCAAUAACGGGCCUGCCUAUCCCAUUGUUUAUGACUAUGGAAGUGAUGGAGUCAUCAAUUCUCUCAUCUGCCCUAACUGUAUAAGUGGAACAACUCCAGGGUUUGUGCAACUGAGAGUGUUCAACAACGAGAAAGCCCCAUUUGCCAUCUGCUCAGGGAUUAAGAUCGUGAGCAACUGCAAUCCUGAGACCUUCUGUAUAGGCGGCGCGGGCUACGUGCCUCAGGGAAACCCGAGGCAGUGCGGUGACUUUGGUGCCUUCGACUGGAACGGCUACGGGACAGGUGUGGAAUGGAGCGCAUCAAAGAAGCUGCUGGAAUCCGCCGUCCUCAUCUACUACCGUUAA